GGAAGUUCUUCCACCCCAACCGCCGCUACUGUUACAGCAGCUGUACCACCUCCACCACCGCGUAACGUCUUUCCGGGAGCUCCGCCCCCAGCUCCUACGGUCACUUUAAAAGGGGCUCCUCGACCACCAGCCAUGACUAGUCCAGCAACAGCUGUUGCCGCUGCUGCUGCAGCCGCUGCCGGUGGCUUAGCUGGUGCUCAAUAUCGUGGCGCCACCUGGACCCCUCAAGGUUAUACACCAGCUGCAGCCGCUGCAGCUGCUGCUGCCGCUGUUGCUCAACAGGCCUAUCGUUAUACGGCUCCAUUGCCUCAACCAGCCUAUGCUGCAUAUACUCCGCAUACAACAACUACACCAGCAACAACAACGAUGUUUGCUGUUAUAUUUUUGCCUUCAUAAAAAUGGCCCACAUCUCUAAUGUCCUUUUCU